AGAAAAUUACCAAAACCCUAAUUCUCUUCUUAUUCUUGGGCGUGUGGUCUCUGCCGCACGAUUCUUCUUCUCUGUUUCGUCUCUCCCUUCUUCUUGGAGUCCGGAGGCACUCGAAGCUCUCCCUUGUUUGUUACAUGUUCGUAUCAAUUGGUGCUCUCAUUGCCCUCAUCAUGUCUCAAGAAACCGGACGUGAUGAUGAGGUGGUUGCACUCAAGAAAUCUGUCAACCAAAUGCAGCAAGAUCUGGAGCAACGUUUUGCUUGUUUGGAGGCGUUAAUUCUCGCCAGUAGCAGCAGCCACUCGGACACGCCGAGUGGAUCUCGGGGCCCCCAUUCAGACGGCGAAUCAGGAACAAAGACAGGCGGGUAUGUGCCUCGCCCGAAGUUGGAGUCUCCUAAAUGUGAUGGAUCGGACCCUCUCCGAUGGCUUUACAAGGUUAAGGAGUACUUUGCUUUUUACGCCACGCCCCCUGACGAACGGCUACGUUGCGUGGCCCUCAUGUUGGAAGGCGCGGCCGCCGAUUGGUUUCAAUGGCGCUCCACUAAUGGCUUACUCCAUGGCUGGGAAGAUUUCGUCGCAAAGUUCCGUCAACGCUUUGAUCCCUUACACUAUGUGGAUUACUUCGGCCAACUAGCCAAAUUGCGGCAGCGUGGGUCUGUCAUGGACUAUCAAACUGAGUAUGAACGUAUUCUUCAACAUGUCACCGGCGCUAGUGAGGAGGUCUUGAUCUCGUUAUUUCACGCCGGGCUCAAACCUCAUCUUCAACAAGAGAUUGUUUUGCUUAAACCCCAGUCUCUCUCAGAUUCCUUUGCUUUGGCACGCGAAUUAGAGGCCAAACAUACCGCUCUUAUUUCCGCAGUGGCGCAGCGGCCUACGUCCGGGAUCAACGUUCCAUCCAACCGUGGUCCAUUCCAAGGACCUCCAUCUACUGCCGGUCUCUUACCCACACCCAAGAAGACCCCAGGGGAAAGCAUUCCUAAAGCUCCUGUCCGCCGCCUUACAAGGGCCGAACGCUUGGAAAAAGAUGCUAAAGGACCAUAGCGUCCACCUUAGAGUUAUCCACCCAAAGUUCCCCGUUGG